GUGAGCAGCGAGCUCUCGUCGCGUGAACAUCGUCUCGUCACGGGUCUCUCGGAAACCGGCGAGCCACGUGCUUCAUUGUUCCGUCGCGUCGGCGAGCUUUCCCGUCUGUUGUCGGUUUCGAUACGCGAUUCAAAACCGAGAGGAACCGUUCUUGUUUGUUCGCGCGCGCGGACGUCCGCGUCGGUUGCAAGCGGGGUGCGUCGGUGUCGCAGAGCGGUGACGGGAUAUCGCGUGUUCGCGUGACCGACGAAAAACCGGGUCGAAGGUUAUUGCAAUUCAAAUCGAGCCGAAUUAUAUCGAGCCGCUUUGCUCCUCGUUCCGUCUGUUUCUACGCGCCUUCUCUUCCCCCGAUUUCAUUCAGUUGUUCUCGCAUUUGGUCGCGAGACCAGUAUUUUUCGAGUAUUCGGGGUCGUUCGUGGUGGUUGCAACUGUGAUCGGUGCAUCGCAUUGUGCUUGGAUGCAGCGGCGGCUGUGAAAAAAAACCGGAGCGAGAAUAUCUGCUGCAAGGAUCGUUCCAGUUCGCCUGGAUCUUUAUCUCUCUUUGAUCACACCGGUUCUAGAGGAGGAUCGACAGUUGCGAGACAGGUUGGCAGACAGAUCCGAGGGAAAGAUUGAGUGAAGAUGAUUCUCUACUAACAGAGUGUGGAAAUUAACCGAGUGUUGAAGCGAGAGCCGCAUUAACGUGUUAUUAACGUCAUGUAACGAUCGUCGCGAAAGUAAUCAUGGAGGAGUUCUGCUGCUCGACUUGGAGCGAUCCAGGAGCCACCCGGGGUGACGGAUCGAAAUCGAAAGGCUGACAGUGUUCGAGCCGCGUGAAAGUGACCGACCGGCAAGGAUUCCGCGCGUCGUUAGUGACCCAGGUGAGAGGACAUUCGUCAAAACGUCCUCGUUAACGAUUCGCGCGGUCCGCGAUCGACACACCGAGGCUUCCCGGGGUUUCCGUAUCGGGAGGAACUCUGGACGAGAGGAGAUGUCCUUUAAAUGGUUCGGAGGCCGAGACAGCACGUGCAAGCCGCCAGACAUUCAAAGAUAGCGAGUGGAGGUCGGCCGAGCAGGCCUUCGACGGCGGGCCAGUUACCCGAGGUUCGGGCAGCUCGAUCGAAGAUGAGGACUCGCGGUUCCGUGAUCGAAGGAACGGUAGAACGAAGAUCAAGAAGAGCCUGAGCGACCGAGCACCAUCGUCGAAACCCGACCAGAAGUCGUUCAACUGCUUCGACAGGCCUAGGAUCAAGUUCACCUUCAGCGAGAAGGUUCGAAGAUCCGAUCGCGAAGAAGCCGACGAUCCUCCCGGUGAUCUCCCGAGGGUCAAAACAGAGCCGACUCGCGGCAAGUUACACAAAAGCGACUCGUUCCUGAAGAAGCUCGUCCGGAGCUCGAAAGACAACAUCGCCGAGGGCUGCGAGCGUCUGGUGAGGAACAUCCAGAAGAGUCCGUCGGUUCUUCGGAGGAAAUUUCUGUCGCACGAGGAGCCUGCCGCGGUCGUCGAUGAGAAGCCCGUGGCUCCUCUGCGGAGGCAAAGGUCCACAAGGAGACCUCUGAAAGUCGACGAAGCAGCGGCAACAUCACCGGCAGCGGUAGCAUCUCCUAACGAUUGCUGCGAGGAAUCCCCAGCAGCUCGUGUUUCCAUCUGUCCUAGCAAGGACGCUAUCUCUUUGGCAAACGAGAGCCGCGAUACCCGUGGGACAGACCGCGAGACUCUUGUAAACGAGUCUGUUAGGCUGGUCCCAGGCGGCCGGGUUCGCCGGAAUAGUUGUGUACCGGCCGACGACGCGAGCUCCUCGAAGAGCGUCUCGGUGGAGGACGUGGAGGAUUUGAUUAGGUCGGAGAACAACCUCCGGUUGCUGGAGCAGCGAGUGCUGAUCAGAAGGCGGAUAGAGAAGUCGGCGAAGCUGUUCGAGGCGCUGCAGUCGGAGCAGCUGCGUUCCUGGAGCGAGGAGAACUUGGCGAAGAAGGGCUCGAAGGUCGCCAGGCAUCGGCUGGACCCGGUGACAGCGAACUGCUCGCCUCUCGCCCACAGACGCUUCGUCGUCGAGGUGUCAAGGUCGCGGCAAACCGAUAGGAAGGCUACGAGCGGCUGGCAGGCUUCGUGGAAAGCGAAGCGAUCGCCGCCGCCGGACGAGUGGCAGGUUCAUAGGUCGAUCGAGUCACGGCGGAUCGGCGAUAAGGGGUCGGACGAUAAGCCCGAGCCGGCGAGGAAGUCGUGGAUGCCCAGUGAGGAGCUGGACGCCCGUCAGCCGGCCACGUCGACCGUGGUAAAAUGCAAACUUGCGAAUUUCACCGACUGCCGACAGCUCGAGGCUGGCCACGAGGAGGGGACUGGCCGAUGCCAGCUUGCGGAGAGGCCAAGUAAACACGAGCUAGUCGCAGGACAGCCCGAGAACUCGACCGAGGUGGAUCAUAAUCGACCGGAAGUAACCGUUCCCGACUCAUCGGCGCCGGUUCACGCCGCCAUCGAUAUAGACUGCGUCGAAGAUGACCGGCCCGACGAGCAGCAGCUAGCGAACGCUUUGCCGCAGGUGUCCGAUCGAACCGCCGCAUGGAGAACCUGUCUCGACUCGGCCGCUGGCAUCCCGAACUCUGACGGACCGCCGGAACCUUUGGUCCUGGUCGACCAGGUCGCCAAGAAGCCCAGGUGCAAGCCUCUGCCGAGACUCGUCCGCAAGAAGAGAGCCAACAGAGUCCUCGGGAAGACCCCGGAUCCCAGCGAGCCGAAGAUGAAAUUCCCUAUCAGGAUGAUCAGGAUCAAGGACAAGCUGAUGCUGGGCCUCAGCGCCUUCACGAUUCUGUUCACCAUCCUGCUGGUGAUGGACCUUCAGAUGGACCUAGGUUACAGUGGGCAUCAUCUCGUUCCGAGUCACGGGAGGGUGAGGUUCGGGGACGAUCCGAACUCGGACACCAUUUACAAUAACUUUCGAAGGAAGUUCCUGCAGAGAGUGAACGCUAGCAAGGAGCAGACGAGCGGCGACGUGUCCGGGACCACUCAGAACAGUGCCAGGGACGUUGGCAGCGAGCGUAGGGACUCUAGGACCGAGAAAACCGUGGUGCACGACGGUUUUCCGGAUUUAGUGGACAUUGUGGUGAAGGGUUACGGUGUCAGUGUGUACGACGGGGUGGCCAGGAUCAGCGGGGAGGACCACUCGUACAACCCCACCCUCGGCGAACUGAAGAAGAUCAACCCUAAGAAGAACAGCUCCACUCUUGAGAGGUUCCACUUGCAGAUCUCCAGGACGGAACUAUACCCGGUGAACUCGAAAUACGUCGAACCGUUGCUCAGGGAGAUCGCGACCAGGCCUAUUGUCCACGUUGUCCAGAAGGAGGGUGGCACGCAGCUCAAGCUCGAGAUCAACUAUUCGUACAUGCAGGCGCUCUUCAAGCCUAUGAGGUUUCCUCGGGAGCAACAGACUCUGCCGAAUCACUUCUAUUUCACCGACUUCGAGAGACACACGGCCGAGAUCGCAGCCUUCCAUUUAGACAGACUGUUGGGAUUCCGGAGGGCGAUGCCAGUCACCGGUCGAACGUUGAACCUGACGACGGAGAUUUAUCAGAUCGCCGACGGCGAGCUCCUGAAGACCUUCUUCGUCAGUCCCGCCGGCAAUAUCUGCUUCCACGGCAAGUGCAGUUAUUACUGCGAUACGGCGCACGCGAUUUGCGGAAAUCCGGACACCCUCGAAGGGAGUUUCGCGGCGUUUCUGCCGGAUAAGCCGUUCGCUGCGAGGAAAGCCUGGCGACACCCCUGGAGAAGGAGCUACCACAAACGCAAAAAGGCGCAGUGGGAGCACGAUUCCGAUUACUGUUCCCUGGUGAAGGAAAUCCCGCCGUACGACAAGGGUCGAAGGCUCCUCGAUCUGAUGGACAUGGCUGUCCUGGACUUCCUCAUGGGGAACAUGGACAGGCACCAUUACGAGACCUUCAAGAUCUUCGGGAACAACACGUUUCCUCUACACUUGGAUCACGGCAGGGGAUUUGGGAGACCUUUCCACGACGAGAUCUCCAUUCUGGCGCCCAUAUUGCAGUGCUGCAUGAUCAGGCAGAGCACCCUCGGCAUCCUGCUCAAGUUCCACAACGGGCCGAUGCGUUUGAGCGAGGCGAUGCGGGAAAGCAUGGCGAGAGACCCCGUGGCGCCGGUUCUAUGGGAGCCCCAUCUGACAGCACUUGACAGGAGGGUGCGCGUGAUACUCCAAGCGAUCAGGGACUGCAUAAAUCGCGAGGACUCGAACCAGGUGGUCCACGAGAAGACCGAGGAGGGCGCGUCCUAACCCUUCCUGCAGUUCCAGGUGAAAGAGACAUUGAAAUCGUCGCUGAAGAGAAGAACGUCGAAUGAAAACGAUACAGCGAGUUAAUCGCGACGGUGCCUCGUGUUCGUUUGUAAAAAAGAAACCCUGUACAAAGUCUGUAAAAAUGUCUGCGUGCGAGAGUGAACCGUGAGAGUUUCUUACACACCGCGCGAUCCGGGAAACUUUCCGUUCGAACAUUGUUAUUCUCGCGUUCGUUAUCGAUUAAUUUCCAUCGAAUCGCCGGAUUUCUAUCGUCGAGCUUCGAAUCCCGCUUCGCGAUAUAACCGUGUUCGAUUCGUCGAUUCGAUAUCCUACUUUCCAUUUCACCGUUCUCGCAACUUUUCGCGAGAACUGUACAAAAAAGCCUGUACAUAGUGUACGUAUGAUGAACGUGGGCGCAGUUUUCGAAUCAAAAACCAUUUGCAACGCCCCCGCUUUCCGUGUACAUACAGAGAGAGACUAGAGAACAAAGCGCUCCGAGCUGGAGUAUUUUCGAAUUUGUACUCGCGCUCGUGUUCUACUCGUUGUUCCUCGUUCUAAGAAAGAAAGAAAAAAAGGCCGAAGCGCGAUCUCCGUCGAAGCGACUCAUUAAUUCGAGCCUCGGUUUCCCACGAGGACGGCGUCGAACAUCGUUGCGAAUCGAACGCGCGCGCGCGUUCCGGCUGCGUGGAUGUCACGAUGCGUGAGAGGUCUUUUGUAAGAGCGUGCUUUUCAUACGCGUGUGCGUCCGUGACCGUUUCCAAAAUGCACCUGUAACCGUAAGUGUUUUUUUCUGGGCAAUGAGGAAAAGAAAUGAGCUCUGUUCGAGAA